UAUGUCAUGUAUGAGUUCAAAUGCGUUAGGCCUCACUCUCAGGAUGCUGCUCGGCAAUGCUGCGCAUCUGCAGAUUUGAUGAUCCGUUGACUGCAAAGGGGCUGCAAAGUAACUUCAGAACAGCCAGUUCUUGGACGCAGCUCGUCGACUAGAGCUUGGAGCCACUUUGACUAGAAGAAUCCAACAGCUGCAGUCUCACAUUAGUACACACAGGCAAACGCUCGACACUUGACGAAUCAUCCCGGGAAAAUACCAGCUAAUAUGCUGGUAGAGCUGAUCGGAGUGGUGGGGACCAACACUAAGGACCUCAAUCCGGAACCUUUGUCUUGGGCGCUGCAAAGCAGCAAAUUACAGUACCGACUGAAAAGUAUAAAACCCAGCUAGCAGAUCCAACUCCUCCAUUCUGUCAGCUCGCAGUCUCAGAUUCACUUCCAUCUCAACACACCAAACCUCCGCCCGCCAAUUGCUUUUCAGCUAUGGCUAUCAACAAAGGGACGAGAAAGUCUGGCAGCGGACUCGCAGUGGGGGGGCUCCUCCUGGCUGCGCUGCUAGCUGCGGUGGCCCCCCCCGCUCUGGCCAACCUGGAUCCUGCCCAGUGCCCCUUCGAGCUGGGUUACAACCCGGUGUUCAAUGCGGAUGGCAGCGUUCUCUCCUGCGUAAAAGGUUCGGAGAAGUUUGAGGUCGAUCAACCCAAUGGCAUCCUCGCGCGCUCCCUCCGCGGCAUCGGAACAAGCCUCCAGUCCAUCCAGAUCGCUGCGACGCAACUAGACCUGGCGACUUUCGCCAAGUUCCAGGAUCCCCAAGUGACGUUCUUCCUGCAGGACGGCGUCCCCCGCACUGCGGGAGACCCCGUCCUGGUCGCCUUUUUGUUCGACCCGGCCGUCUUCACGUACGCGCCUGGCGUGGACGUGCACAGCAUCUUUGAGGUGUCCAACUACAAGUUCCUGGCCGGCAGCCCCACCAGCGCGUCCCUCCACGUCAGGCUCAUCACGCAGACGUCAUACGUGGAUUACGACAGCGUCUGGCGCUUCAAUGACGUCGGCGACCCGUCCGGCAAGAAGCUGUGGCAGCUCUUCCAGGCGUUCAACCUGGUCGUUACGCCGCGCAGCUAAUCUUUAGGCUUCCGUCUGGUGUAAAUUAAAGAGUGCUAACCUGGCUUUUUAGUUUGAAGAGUGAGAUAAGAUUGCCCUACAAAAUAGUUGUUCGUGCCCGUUGCGAGUUAUGAUUCAUUACAUUGGAUGAGCUUGGGGCCUAUGGCUGCGCGCAGGCACGGACUCUUGCUGAAGAGAUUUGAAAAGCAAUUUGCAUAAAAGCGAAACUUCUGUAGAGCUGGUUAGAGGAUUUUGUGCACACAUAUUGCAUUUUGAAUCUGCCUGUACAUGUGACAGAAUGCAUGGAAUUCUUUAUCUCAACUUGACCCCCUUGAUCGGAACACGUAUUGAAACUCCGAGACGACAGGUGCUUCUUUCG